AUGACACUUGUACCAAAUAUUUCUUCAACCACGCCGCGUCCAGGCACCAGCCACGCGAGCCCACCUCCAGCGUUGGCCCAACAGUCCGUUUAUCCUCCUCCGUUGACCAAUCCCGCUGUACUAGGAUCGACCAAGACCUCCACCACAAUUCCGAACACCAAACCCGGAUCGAAACCGGUCAAUAUAUUUUCCAAUGAUGGCUCAUUCCUGGAGAGAUUCCACCAGCUGAAGCAGGAAGACGACGUGAAGAAGAAGGAAAAGGAAAUCUUGGAACGGAAGAGGAAGUUCGCCGACAGAUUUAAAAACCGAGGCAAGCGAGCAUCAAGCUCAAGCAGUGGUCAUCCCUCUGGUUCUAGUACACCCUCUGACGGCGCAGAAUCCUCCGAACCCGCAACCAAGAAAGCUAGAACAGACAACUCGUCGGACAAGGUGGAUCAGCCUCUUAACAAGUACCAACAAGAGCUCAAGUCACUGAACAUCAAUGCCAACCUCAAGGAUGCUGGAACCGGUGGUUUGAAUUUCCUCGAUCUCUUCCGGUGA